AUGAAUGAUAUAAUGGACAUAAUCAAAACACCAGUCAAAAUAUCAAUCUACGCUGACGAUCUCCUGAUAUACUGCAGAGGCCACAAGGGACAAACUGUAAUAAAACUUCUACAGGAUGCCAUCAACAAUCUUGAAAAUUGGGGAAAAACUACUGGUUUCACCUUCUCAACAUCCAAAACGAAAAUGAUGUCAUUCACGAAAAAAACUCCAAGAAUCCAUCACUUGGAGCUAUACGGUAACCCCAUCGAAAAUGUUACGAACCACUGCUUUCUAGGAAUGAUAUUCGACUCCAAAUUGACGUGGAAAGCACAUAUUGAGAGGUUGAAAACAGAUUGUCUUAAACGAUUGAACAUCAUGAAGGCAUUAGCAAACAGUCAAUGGGGAGCUGACGAGCAAACACUUCUUACAAUAUACCGUACUCUUAUUAGAUCUAAACUGGAUUAUGGAUGUAUCAUAUACGCUUCAGCCAGCAGAACCACGCUCGAAAAACUCAAUUCCAUACAGAACACUGCAUUAAGAUUGGCGACUGGUGCCCUGAGAGCAAGUCCCUCAUUGAGUCUGCAUCGAGAAACAGGUGAACUGCCGUUACAUCUUAGAAGACAAUCCCUGCAACUUACUUACGCAGCGAGAAUAACUGCAGAUACAACCAACCCAGUAAGAAUUUCACUCUGCCAGAAAAGAUAUAGUGAGACAUACAAUCGAUAUCCCAAACUUAAAACUCCCCUAUACUAUAGAAUACACCAACAAAUAACUCAAAAUCAAAUAUUACAAGUUAUGACCCAUAAAACAACCUCUGAAGCCCCCUGGAACAUACCCUCUCUCAUCUGUGAUGAUUCCUUGGCCAAACAAACAAAAUCAGACAUGUCCCCUCAAAUAGUACAAAAAAUGUUUCUUGAAAAGUUGAACUCCAUUAUACAUGACUGUACUUUUUACACUGAUGCCUCUAAAACAGAAGAUAGUGUUGGUUGUGCAUUUACUACUCUCGAACACACAAAGAAAUUCAAACUCCCAAUAACCAGUAGCAUAUUUACCGGAGAAUUAUAUGCAAUUCAUCAAGCAAUGAAACAUAUUGAGGAGAACGCAUACAUUAACAACGUUAUCUGCACUGAUUCCCUUUCAUCACUUCAGUCAAUAAAAUCACGUACUAUAUCCAAUCCAUUAGUCAGAAAAAUUUUAGACACCAACACAACAAUUUCUCAGCAAGGUAAAAAAGCUGUCAUAUUAUGGAUCCCAUCACAUAUGGGAAUACCUGGUAACGAAAAAGCUGAUCGAGAGGCAAACGAUGCCAGAUAUUCAGGGACAUGUGUAAACGACAUAACUAAUUAUGACCUCAAAAGCUUCUGUAGGAGAACCGUCAUAGGUGAGUGGAACGUAAAAUGGAAUCAAACACCUUCCAAGCUGAGACUGAUAGAUCCAACCAUCCAAAACCACACCUCGAAUUGUAUCACUAACAGGAGAGAUCUAAUUAUACUACGGAGGCUACGAAUCGGGCACACCUUGACUACACAUGCAUACAUGUUUAAUAGAGAGGACGCUCCUGUAUGCUCCCAUUGUGGUGUCCAUCUCACAGUUCUGCAUAUUUUGGUCCAGUUUCCAGGUUUAAACACCGAAAGAAAAGCCCACAAUGUUCCCCAGAAGAUAGAAGAGGCCCUCAACAUUAACAACCCACAGGUGGCAAAUACCCUCAACUUUAUCAAGGAUACCAACAUUAGAGUAUAA